CAGAGAGGGAAGGAAGCAUGACAGCAAAGUUUCCGCCAUUACAAACACUGUAGGGGGGGAAAAAGCAAAAAGCCUGUCUUGGAAAAAGCUUAGUGUCUGCUCUGUCUGCUUGGACUCAGUGUGGAAUCUAACACCAGCUUAUGGUGGAAUAAUGGCACAUAAUGAAACACAUCCUCUUUUGGAAAUACUAAGAUCAUUCAAUCUUGGCGAUAUGAUUCUAGCCUUCUGUUUAUCCGUGCUUGUGGGCCUGCUGCUUGGUGCUUUGAUAUACGUUCUGUUGACCUGGGCGUCCAGGCGCCGGGCCACUGCCAGGAUCACCAGGCGCUCAAAAAAGAAAUCUGGCACUUCACAAACACAGAACCCCAUGAGCAGCCAGCUUGGCCUUUACCGAAGCACUUUCCUGAGCGUCUACAGACAGCCCUCUCUGGAGCCGGUGGGGCCUCUGGGGAGUAAGCCCGGUGCGGAGACCUCCACCUUUCGGCCGCUGCCCAAGAGGAGCAGAGCUGGCCUGGAGAUGGGAGAGGACACUCAGGUCAGCAUGCCUGAGGACACAGCAGCUUCAAACUCGUCAGAUUCGGCAUCGCUCAUGCCAAACAAAAGACAUUCCUUCUGGUUGGGGGGCAACGGACUUAAAGGAUUUCUCCCCACACAGACUCCCCCUCCUGCGUACGACAGUGUCAUCCAUGCAUUUGAAGAGACUUGCACUUGAAAUUGUACAUAAGAACUUAAAAAGGGAGAACAUUCUGGGAUUACAGUGGACUUUCUGGCUGUUCUGCUCUUUAUAAGGAACAGUUAUCUCUGCAUAUUGAGUGAUCAGACCUGUCUGAAGCAGAGUGUCUUUAACCGAGAUGCUUGCACAGCCAUGUAGUGUCAGCUCAGUAUUAUAUGAGAUAUAGCUUAGAGGUGCAAUUGACUAAUGGAAUAAUUGGCAGGUUAUUUUUUCAAUUAAUCAGUUAGUUUUCCUCUAUGAUAUGCCACAAACAACAAAGAAAUCCCUCACAGUUUCUAGGGCCUAAGAUGACCACUGCAAAUGUAUUGUUUUGUCCCAAACUCUGAAAUACUCAAUUUACAAUGCAAAUUCUCACACUGGAGAAAACUGGGAUGAGUACAUGUUUGGCAUUUUAGGUGGAAAAAUGACUUGAACGAUUAACAAAUUAAUCAACUUAUCAUUGCAGUUCUAAUAUAUAUAGUUUUGAGACACCUGCAGGGCAUCUCAUAACCCAUGUUGUUGACAGUGUGGAGCUUGAUUUUGCUCUGAUUGUGUGAACAUGAGGGAAACACUGUGUGCUAGAUAGUUAUCAUCAUCUACUAUCACAAUAAAGAUUUAACGAUGA